AUGCUUCGAACUCUGCAAGCUAGUCCUGCUGGACCAUCGCAGGCAGAAGUUGACCAUUUGACGUCCUCUUCUGCGAAGGUGCUGCACAUCUCGGCCGACAGCAUGAAGGACCCAGAUUGGAAGAUGAACAACCUUCUGACUGGCCAGCCUGGCCUUCUACGAGCAAGCAGAGUCCCGUCUGAGAUCAGCCAAUACGACCAAGAGAGGUGGCAGAGCACGACAUUGUCGAAUCCUUCCCGAACACAAAAGAGGAAACAUCACAUCAAUUGGCUUGCGCAGGAGGCAAUCGAGAAAGAGGCAGAAGACUUGGAUCGAGCGGCUGGCGGGAAGUUGACCAAGGCACAGACAAGGUCGAGAUAUGGCUGGUGA